AUGUGCGUCGACAAAUACCCUCUUCCCAAAAUUGAGGACAUCUUUGCAACCCUAGCUGGUGGAAAGAAUUUCUCAAAGCUGGACUUAACACAAGCGUAUCAUCACAUGGAACUAGAUGAAGAUUCGCAGGAUCUACUCGUCAUAAACACUCAUAAGGGCCUGUUUAAAUACAAGCGACUUCCGUACGGAAUAUCAUCCGCUCCAGCUCUAUGGCAACGCACAAUUGAGCAAGUACUACAGAAUAUACCAUCAACGCAAGUGAUCAUUGAUGACAUUAUUGUUACUGGUCGCAAUGAUGAGGAACACUUACACAACUUGAAACUUGUACUGGACCGUCUACAAUCCUAUGGACUACAUGUAAACCUUCAGAAAUCAGGACCACUUAUUGAACUCCUUAACAAAGGAACUAAAUGGGGAUGGAAUUCCAAGCGAGAUAGGGCCUUUAAUGAAAUAAAGGACGCCAUUUUCUCCGACAAGGUUCUGUGCCACUAUGAUGCCAAGCUGCCCUUGAAACUAACCGCAGAUGCUUCGCCUUACGGAAUGUGGUCUGUACUUUCCCAUGUGUUUCCAGAUGGCUCCGAAAGACCCAUAGCAUAUGCGUCGCGCACACUGAACCUGGCAGAGAAGGCUUAUUCACAGAAUGACAAAGAGGCACUUGCUCUCUACUGGGGUGUGAGAAAGUUCAAUUCGUACCUUUCUGGACAUAAAUUUACACUUGUCAUAGACCACAAACCCUUGCUGAGCAUCUUCAAUCCGAAGAGGUCUCUUUCUGUGAUGACAGCAGCACGUCUCCAGCGAUACGCUGUAUUCUUAUCAGGAUACCAGUAUGACAUUGAAUUUCGUGGAACCAAGUCUCAUGGUAAUGCUGACGCACUGUCGCGUGUACCACUACCCACAGUUAAUCAACCACAUGAUGGAAAGGAUCCUAUUGAUUUGUUCUACAACAGACAUUUCGAUGACUUACCUGUUACCUGUGUGCAAAUUCGUAGGGAAACACAGCGUGACCCAGUUCUGAGUCAAGUCCUAGACUUUGUGGUACGAGAACAUUUUCCUCAAGACUGUGAUGAACAGUUAAAGCCCUACUACAAUCGCAGAGAUGAACUCAACGUUUACCAAGGAUGUGUUACCUGGGGAAAUCGUGUGAUCAUCCCAAACAUUUUACGUGAAAAAGUAAUGACAGAGCUGCAUUCUGGCCACAUUGGUAUUGCCAAAGUGAAAGCAGUAGCCAGAUCUUAUGUAUAA